UCACUUGAAUCAGUUCCUCUUAAGUGGCAGCACUACCCGGACGGCCGGGCCUGAGAGCUCGUUCACUAUUCGAUACGGAGUUACACAGAAAGACGUGAAUUUUCUUUGAAGUUUGUUGUGUUUUCAGGACCGUGAACUUUGAGCAUUACGAUGCUUACACUUAAAGGUCAAUUACGUUCUCUUGGGUCUGGGCACUUCUGGCGUAAAAAAAGCAAAAGGAAAAUGGUGGAAACACGCGAUGAAACCACCGGUUUGUUCAACAAUCCUCAGCCUCCACCUAAGUCAGAGACUUCGACCCAAAGCACCGCUAGUACUCGGGACCCCCAGAAGGAUGAGGACGCCACCAAGGGAGAGACCAAGAGGGACCAGAACGCUCCCAACAGGAGUGAAGUCUUGACUGAGAGUGAAAUGGCCGCCAGAGACCUGUCGCCGGCGGCGGCGGCGGCGGCGGCAGAAGCCCAGCCUGAGGAGGGGGGUGACUGCACAACUGGAGCAACGCCCGAGCGGUACUUUGAGCAAAAUUUGGACCCUGCAGUAGAGGCAGUGCUGAGGAGGGACAGGAGAAUGGUCUCAGGGGAUGAAGAUGGCACGCUGCCCUCUGCCGUAGUUCCCGAAGCAGAGGAUGACCUUCAUGAGAAACUUGAGUGGGUAGAUCGUGAUGUCCAGGCGCUGAGAGAAAUGGUAGAGGCAGAACCACGACUAAAGUCACGUCUCGAUAAGCCAUUCCUCCUGUCCUUCCUGAGAGCUCGAAAAUUUGAUUAUGACAAAGCGAUGGCAAUGGUUCGUGGAUAUUAUCGAGCAAGGCAAGAGAAUGCUGAGUAUGUUGAUUUAGUGCCGUCUGCUUUAGACCAUGUCUGGGAUUUGCACAUGCAAACAGUCCUUCCCAUGCCUGAUAAACUUGGUAGAACUGUCAUUAUUUUCAGAAACGGAGCCUGGCUGCCGGAAGUGUGCAAUUUAGACGACGUUUUCCGUAGUCAAGCGAUCAUGCUGGAGCACAUAGUCCGUGUCCCGAUCACACAGCUUCGGGGCAUCACGGCUGUUGUCGACUGCGCUGGACUUUCCAUGACACAUGCCUACUACCUGACACCCACUCACAUCCGCAGAAUGAUUUCAGUUAUCCAGGAAGUCUUCCCAUUGAGAUUCAAGGCUCUCCACUUUGUCCACGAACCUUCCAUAUUUGACUGGGUCUUCAGUUUGGUCAAACCUUUCCUCUCCGAUACCAUUAAGGGAAGGCUUCACUUUCAUGGCGAAGAUGUUCAGAGCCUCCACAAGCACAUUCCAGCAGAAGAAUUGCCAGAAGAAUUAGGGGGUUCCCAAGGACCAAUGGACAACUCAGACUUUGUUCAGAAUUUAAAGCUUCAUGAAGAAUAUUUCAAAGAACAUUUCACUUAUGGAUUCGAAGCAGCUGAAGAACCUCCCCGGCAGGGGACCAUGAUGGAGGCCGUGACUGAUAUGGGUAGUUUGAUAGGCAGUUACUACAGGAGAAUGUGCAUAGACUAGUGCUAACUAACUGCCUUAAUACCUUGGCUCACAGUUAUCUUUGCAUUUUUUAUAAAAAGAAAAGAUUCACUGUUAUUCAGAUUGGUAAAUGUUGUUAAGUAAUGGUACUGUGUGGGUUCCAUAGCUAACUGUUUGCAUUACUACUUCCUUUACCGACGUGGCCUUGACGAUUUGAAACAUCAUAAGUUGGGUUGCUAUUCUCAGGGAAGACUUAACAACCGCUAUGAAGUCAGGCAUUUUAGAAGCCAAACUUUAAGGCAGAAUCAUCUUUGAUUAUCGCAGUGGACAUCAUUAUAGCAAAGUGGUUUAAUGCAAUUUGAGUAUCAUAGUUUCUUAUUGAUUUGUAUUUUCACAUUACAUACUCCACUUUUGCGUUGAUGGAUUUGCAUUUUUUAUUGUACUUAAUUAACUAAUAAAGAACCAAAUAUUCAGUUUAUCCAUGUGAAAUGACAUUACACUUUAGUGGGUUCUUAUAGGAUGUUUCAUGUAAAACGUUUACAAAAAUCUUACAUUUUGAAUAUUAUACAUGUAUACUCUACAUUAACUUUCAAGUGUUAGACCAAGUUAGGGUGACAUCUGUAAAUAUUUUAGAACUUGAAUUUAAAAUCAAGAGCAAUACAGUUUAUGUACAUUUUGGUUGUAUCCUUAUUUCUCGUAUAAAAGUAGUAUUUUGGAUGAAUAUAGCAAAGUGUGUGUGGUAAACCCUGUCGUUGUUGACUUACUCUGAGAUAUCUAUACUUUCUCUAUUUUUUAUAGCAAGGAACUGUAUGGACUGCUUACCAGCAGAUGAGUUUCUUUCUCUUUCUUGAAGAUUCUGUCAUGAAUUUUAAGGAACUAGUUGAAAAUUGAUAAAUAGGCAUGAGAACUCCAUAUUCUGACAAAGAUAAUGUAAGCUACAUCUUUACUAAUAUUCAGAUUGGUCGACAUGAUUAGUGAAUGGAAAGUAUUUGCUAGCAUGCAUUAAAAGAUAUGUAUUCUUAAAGAAUUCCAUGCAGUAGACUCUGAGCUCUUAUAUUUAAAGAUACAAGGAGAGGAUGAGAGUCUUAUGAGCCAAAAUUAUUUAAUGCAGGAUGCUCAAGAGAAUCUUGAAUUGAUAAUGAAUCAGUGUUAUCCAGUGUAGAGAACGAUAAGAGUUUCAUCAAAGUUUCAUGGGAGGUAUGAAUUAACGAACAUUUUUAUUUUAUAAUAAACCAAAUGAAUGAUUAAAUUAAGUUUAAGCUUUAAUUAAAUUUAUCCUAUAAAAAAAACUCAUUAAGAAGGUGUGACAAGUAUUAGUUACUGAUAUCAUUAUACUUUAAGAAAUUCUUCAGAUUCCAAGUGGCAGGUUUUGAAUUUUGAGCAAUUACUUGUAACCAUACCAGAUAGACAAACUGGUCAGAUGUUCCUUUUCACAUUUGAUUUCAAUUUUUAAGUUAUUGAAAUCCUCUCUGGAUAGCUUAUCAUUUAGGUCACUACAUUAUACAAUAUCUGGAAAGGAUGUGUGACCUGAACAAACUUCAAUUUCAGCAGUCACCGCUUAGCAAAUAUGUUUUGGUCAAGUUCUGGGAGAUAUUCAAGAAUAUGAAUUUAAACGGUGGUUUCAUGUAACUUACCAAGAAAUAACAUAACUAACGUUUCUAACUCUCGUGGCAACUUUUUUAAAAUUUGCGGUAGCGCUUCUUCUGUUUUGUCUAAGUGACAGUCCCCGUCAUCUAUCGGGGAAGACGGGGAACAACCUGGCCGGUAAGCUCAAUUUGUUUAUGUCGGCUUCACUGGCCACAUCAGCAUCAUUUGCAGUUUUUUAAAAUUAUACAGUGGUUAUUUUGCAUUUGGUGAAGUACAGUUACUUGGUUUUGGUUGUGCAGCGGGAUAUAGAUAGUUAAUAAAAAUAAUUUUUACUAAUUUCCUAGUAUUUUUUUCAUUAUUUCAUAUUAUAGCAAUUUGAGUAUUUGCUAUUGCAAUGAGGGCUGUAAGACAAAGCCCACUAAGGCUUUCUAUGAUCCUCAGCAAUUAUCAGCUCUUGAGAUCCCAGCGCCCACUUCCAAGCACCAAGCACCCUCUCCCAGGCACCCAUCACCUGCUAGACUGUGACUGCCUUCAUCUUCAGAUCAUGAUGAGCCUACUUUGGCUCUAUUAAGCGGCAGUUACCCCAAAUUAUGGAGUUACUAAAGAAAGCUCCCUCCACUCACAAGCCUUCUUGGGAUGAUAUUGUCCCUGGUUUCCUCAAUAGAAGUAGCAACUUUUCCACCAUUUUUUGCCCCAGCUGCCCCUUCUUUGUCUGCAUUGACAUUUUUAGUGAGAAAUCAACCAGAUGACAGAACAAGACUUCCCUAGAUGGUCCUUUCAGCCUCCUCUAAGAAGUCUUUCAAAAUAUGAGAUUCUGGCUUUCAACCAAAAGGGAGCAGGGCAAAGCAUCUUUCACUUUUCCUCCAUCUCGUUUGAUUUGCAGGAAGUACUUAUCUUACAUGACCAGUGAAGUUCCUUCUUUGGGAGUUGCUGCCUCUUCCCAAGGAGACUUCUCUAGUUUAAUACCAUUGUGCUGUUCUGCAUUCUUGUCGACAAAGAUAGUGUUUUCCUCUCCAGAAAUAGAUCAUCUAGUCAAAGACACUUUUUAACUAUUCAAAGUGCUUAGUUUCCUGGACUGGACAGUGGGUUCAAUGGCAAAAGAAAAUAGAGGACCACCACGAUCUUGAUGGAGAUACCAUCUCAGACUGGCUCAGAGUUCUGUCCUGUGCCAACAAAGCCAUUAGAGAUGGUUCUCCAGAGCUUUCUGUGCUAGUCACCUUUGGGAUAUUGAAAUAAAAAGAGAGCCCUGGUUCUCCUUUACUUCCAAGGGAGUUGCAGUCUCAGAAGUCAGGCCUGUUGUUCUCACCCCUAGACCAGAAUUUCUCUUCCCUCAAGACAUAAUAAAGUAUAUUGUGUUAGAUUUGCAAAAGAAAUCUAUGCAAGACUUUUUAGCCCAGUCAUCUCGGCGCCCCAAGGAAUCAACUGCUUUUCGAACCAGGACUACCUCACCCCUCCAACAACCGCCCUUUCAUGGAUGGAGAUCUAGAAUGCCAGUCAAGACACGUAGAAAUGUCCGGUUCACAGCUAGGUCUAAUAAGAAAAGCUCUUCCAAGUCAAUACCAAGAAAGUUGAAGGAAGUCCUUCAUAUACCUGUAGGAACCAGACUAAUAGAGUUUUGGGAGAAGUGCCUGAUGAGAGGAGCAGAGCAUUGGAUCAUCAAAGUUUUGAGGGAGGGCUAUUUCAUCCCAUUCCUGGAAAGUCAACCAUUAGUCACCUCUCCCAUUACAUUGACAGCAUACUCAGUAAGCUCCGAGAUACAUUCAGCCUUUUUUGGAGGAAGUUUCCUCUCUCAUCCAGAAAAGGGCCAUAGAAGAAGUUCAAGAACACCAGCAUAGAGGGUUUUACAACCAACUCUUUGUGGUACCCCAUUCAGUCCUUUCAUCCAUUCACCAUGGCGAUUGGAUGAUAACCUUAGACAUGCUGAACAAAUACUUUCACAUUCCUAUCCAACCAGUUUCCAGAAAAUAUCUAAGGCCCAUCUUCCAGGACAAGGUGUACCAGUUUUGGUUCCUGUCCCCGGCCUUUCUAUGCCCCACAAGUAUUCACUUGAGUCAAUUUGAGGAUGACUGAUCUCUCGGGUUUUCAGACUUUUCUAUCUCCCAAGAGAAUUUCCAGCUGCCUUUAGACAGGAGUUUUCUAGCCCUUUCGUCUUGUUCAGCUCAACAGUGGAUGAGCCUACUGGCAACUCCAGCAUCCAUAGAGAUGUUUGUCAGACUAGGGCGACUUCAUAUGAAAGUUCUUCAGUUUUGUCUGAAGGCCAACUGGGACAAAGACAGCCAGACACACGUUUUUCAUAUCGCCCCAAAGAUCAAAUUGGACCUGCAGUGGGGGCUGUCAGAAGAAAGACUGUCAGAAGAGAAGUCCCUUCAACCUCUGGGCCAUGACCUAGACUCUUAUUUCAACGUCUCAGACAUAGGCUGGGAAGCCCUACUGGGUAAUCAAGGAGUGUCUGGUACAAGCCUACAUAUCAUGUAAGGGAGCUGAAGGUAAUUCAGCUAGCCUUCAGAAAUUUUUGCCCAUAGUCCACAACAAAACAAUAGUGGUACAUGUGUACAAUACUACAGCCUUAUCCUAUAUCCAUAAACAAGGCAGCACUCAUUCGUUUUCUCUCUGCCAGGCAGCAAGAGAACUACUACUGUGGGGAGAAUACAGUCAGGUGACUUUGGUCACCUUCUUCAUCCAAGGGAAGUUAAAUGUGAUGGUGAACAAGCUGAGCCAUCAAAAGCAGGACCCUUGAUCCCCUGGUUUGUCUAGAUCUACGGAAGCUGUGGGGCAGGCCACUGAUAGACCUGUUUGCCACCUCCAAGAACCAUCACCACCACCUAUUUUGUUCUCCAGCCCCAGCUCCUCUUCCAUGGGCAAUGGACACCAUGCUACAAGAUUGGACAAACUUGGACCUAUACACUUUUCCACCCUUCAGCAUGAUCAGGGAAGUGUUAAACAAGUUUUAUUCACACCACAACACAACUAUGACCCUCAUAGACCCGUAUUGCCCCUUGAGGGAGUGGUUCCCAGACCUUCUUCGGCUAAUAGUAGACUAUCCAAAAGUCCUUCACCAAAAACCUUCUUUGCUCAGACAAUCCCACUUCAGAAGGCACCGCUCUUGCCCUGACAGUGUUUCAUCCUCUGAGACCUCUGUAACACAGAUUGCAGACUUCUUCCUUUACCUGAGGAACACUAGGAAUCAGUGGCGGCUCAUGGCUAUCAUUCAUAGGGGUGCUGUUACAUAUAUUUUUUUUUAUUCCUUGAUAUUAACUGCAUAAACACACACACGCAAACACACACUUUAUAUACAUUUGCAACUUUUUCGUGAAGAGACAAUCCCGAAAACUUCACUUCUUUAAGUUUACUAAUUGUCUGUUUUUCUAGGGUCAUGACUAAUUAUAAUUAGUGGACGAUUGCCCUAAUCAAACUUAAAACUGUAAACAAAACUGAAAAAGUAUCAAAGUAUAUUAAAAUACUAAAACUCAAAACUGUAGCUUCCGGCAGCAUUGAGACUGAGGGACGGACUGACAAAAUUAUGAAAAUUUGAGGUUACAUAGAAAUAUUAAGUUAUGUAAACUAACCAAACCAUAAUAAAAAUAAUUAAACCAUUAAAAGUAAUAAAAACUCGAAAACAAAAAUAUUAAGUACAAAACUGAGUAGGACAGUAAAAUAAAAUAACUAAAGAACACCCAGCUAAAACACAGACAUACGCAUACACAUACACUCACACACACACACUCACUCUCCCCUUUGUCUCUCUCUCUCUCUCUCUCUCCUCUCUCUCUCUCUCUCUCUCUCUCUCUCUCUCUCUUCCGCUGAGGAAGGCAGCAAAACCGCUGCCGAAACCUACUAUUUUGAAUGUUACUCAUUGAUAUUUAUGUGAUUAUUAUUUUUUUCCCCAUUUACUGCAACUCACCACUGAGUUAUUUCAAGUGCCACGGUGGCGUGAUUGGUAUGGUCUUUGCUUGCCACUUCGGUGGCUGCGAGUUCGAUUCUCAGGCAUUCCAUGGAGGGGUCUCAGAGGUGUAUUUCUGGUGAUAGAAGUUGUCUCUCGACGUGGUUUGGAAGUCACAUAAAGCCGUUGGUCCCAUUGCUGAAUAACCACUGGUUCCAUGCAACGUAAAAACACCAUACAAACAAACGAUCACCAUUGAGUUGAUUAUUCUGCAUUACAUUACAUAUUAUCAGUAUUGUCACUAAUUUGAUCACUUUCACUAAUAGUAGAUAUUGAUUAAACUUUGACGAAUUUCAAAACACACCUUACCCCUGCAACAGUUAGACUAACACUGCUCGAGAGGGCAGUGCUCCCCCUACCUUUAUGCGUGGGGUGGCUACCACAUUAUCACCCUACUAGCAAAAUUAGAACUGCGAGCACUAGCAGUUCCACAUGUUUCAAUUCAUUUGCUUUUUUAUUUACAAAAACAAGAGAAUGGUAAUAAUUCUUUAAGCAUUAUUGAUAUUCUAUACUUAAUUGCUCAUUUUCAUGUAAAUAUUCAUAAUUUUUUACAUAUAUAUGAAAUCUAUAGGGGGUGCUGCAGUUCCACAGUGCCUACUGACGAGCCACCACUGCUAGGAAUUAUCGUCCUCCACUAUUACAGGUUACCGAGAUACGUUUAUCUCUGUAUUUAAGCAUAGAGGUCUGGAUCUGUCGUCGAUCUCCGAUAUUAACGACCAAUUAAAGUCCUUCGAUACAACGAAACAGAGAAAGGACACUUUGGUCUCCUGGAAUGUAGAUGUGGUUAUGAAAUGGCUGACAGGCCCAGCUUUUGAACCCCUUCUGCUUUUCUUUGGAAUCUGACAUGCAAGACAUUCUUCUUUUUUGCUUUAGCUACAGCUCAACACAUCAUUGAAAUUUAAGCCAUUGACAAAAGACUGGGUUUUUCCCAAGAAGAUACAGUUUGCUCCUUCAUACUAGAUUUUUUGGCCAAGAACGAGGACCCGUCCAAGCCCUGGCCUCGUUUAUUUACCAUCAAGAAAUUAAUAUGUCCAGUUAAAGCUCUUAGAUACUAUCUGAAAAGGACAGAAAAAAUAAGGGGUCCAUCUAGUAACCUCUAGUGUUCGGUUAAGAACCCUUCUAUUCCUCUGUCAAAGAACUUCUUGUUUUUCUUACUAAGAGAUUGGAUUACAGAAGCACACUGCUAGUCCAGGAGGAUAUUUUACAAAGUAUUAAGGUGAAAGUUCAUGAUAUAAGAGCAGUGUCGACCUCUUUGGCUUUCAGACAUAUGUCCUUGAUUUCCACUGUACAGUCGAUCUACUGGAAGUGUUGGUUCUUAUUUUUGCCUGUCACUAUUAAAGAAAGUGGAAACAGAGUUUCAUGAUUGCAGUAUCUUGGGUCCGCUUUCGGUGGCUGGCAUGGUAUUGGGUGAAAAAUUAUAGGAAGGACUAUUUUUUUUCCUCCUACUAUUUUUUUGCUUUGAUGUAGGGUUUUGGGGAGCCUGGGUGUACAAGGUACCUGGAGUAUCCACCAACCCUAGUGGAUAGGUUAUGGAGUUUUUACAAGUGUUUUCAGAGUAGGUGGUUUUUUUUAAUCUUUGUACUGCCCCAGGACAAGGGCACCUAUUGUAUGUUUUGCUAGCCAUCAGGCCUAUCCUCCGCUGUAAAGCCCCCACUUUAGUAGAGGCGACCCACGGCUUACCAGCCACGCCGCUACAGGUUAAGAUGAGCACCGAAAAGAGGGAGUAUUCACCUGCAGUAGCUCUCUUACCAGGUAAGGAAACAAUAACAAAUUGAGCUUACCUGCCCGGUUGUUUACCGUGUUCCCCAAUAGUGGGUCAGGACCAAGGUCUUAAGGAAUUUCCUAUACCUUAGACUUUGGUCGGGACUGUCACCUAGACAAAAAAAAAAAAAAAAAAAAGCGCAACCGCAAAUUUUUUUAAAGUUGCCGCACAAGUUAGAAACGUUAGCAAUGGAAUUACUUUGUAAAUAUAUAUGAAACUUAAUUUUGUAUGAAAAUGUCAUUUUGGGUUGAUUGAACAAUAAUAAUAAUAAUAAAAAUAAUAAAAUAAUAAUAAUAAUGGUUGUGGGGAAAUUCCACAAUAAUGUAAAUAGAAAUACAUGUACUGUUUAUAAAAGAUAUAUGCACAGCAAGGAGUUUCGAGAUCCAUCGCGACUCUCUUCAAUCGAGCAGGUUCUCAGAAGCUCUAGCUAUGUGUAUUUUAUUUAUUUACAGUAUUUACAUUUGUAUAAUUGCCAUGUCACUCACUUUUGUGAUUGGGAAAUUGAUUUUCCUGAACCGAAGGAAAUUUUCCUUCUGCAAAAUAAUUUUUAUAUUGUAUAUACCAAGAGGUAAAUUUCAGGAUAACGGCAAUAGUUAUCUUAAGAAAUUUGUGCGAAUAAUUUCUCGGAAUUGUUAAAAUUGCUAAAAAUUCAACAAUCAUCCUGCUUGAUUAAAAGUGUUGUUCUUUAAAACUUUUGUCAGAUGUUGAGUUGAAAUGCAUUUAUUAAAUGUGGACCACUUUUAUGAUCUAGUAUUAUUGUUCAUUGUCAUGUUUCUGUGUUAUUUUGAUGAGAGUAUGUAUUUAUGUCCGCAAAGUCAAUACUCUGGUAUUACUACUGUGCUGUCAUGUCACUGUCUUUACACUGACUCAUCUCAGUGAAGUUGAAUAGGUUUUCAUAUUCUGUUCACAGUUGUAAUUUUUUUUCUGUAAAAUACAGAAGUCACUCUGUCAGCAAUAUAACUUUGUAUUACAUGGAUAGGUUUGUAUCACAUUUUAUAGAAAAGGGACUAUAUUUUUAUAUAUCCAAAAAUUAGAUUUAUUUGUAAUAGCUAUUAGUUAUAAGUAAUUUGAUUGUGAUAGUUACCAAGUUAGUUAAUAUUUUUACUCUAUUUUGGACUGUUUCUUUUUAGCAUUGCUACCUAUUGUUUUUCAACAUGGAAACUAGAUUAAUAUAUGAUUAAAUAUAAUAAGUUUUCUGUAUUCUAGUAAUUUAACCAAGAUUUUAUAUUCAUCAAUAACGGUUUUGUAAUACUAUAUAGUUUAAGAGGUGAAUUGCUUACUAUAGUCUUUGGAGAGUUUUCUUAGGAUAGGGCUAAGAUAUAUUUGGGAGCAGCUUUGAUUACAUGACAUGAAAUAUCAGUGCAGUAAUGAUUUUGGGUUAAUAGGGCUCAAGGCAAUUUGACAUAGUUUUAAUUUUGAUCAUAUAGAAUUAGGUUUUGAAAAUUUUUUUAUUCACUUGAUUUUGUAUUACUGGGACUAGGUUAUUAGAUUGGAAUAGGUUAGGUGGAUAAGGGGACAAGAAAAGUCCCAAGUUAUCAUUUUUUUGUCAACUUUCAAAUGAAUGGAAGAAGUUUCGACAUUCUUUCAGUUGAUUCGAUAUUUUAGGUUAGUCAAAUUCGAAAUCUAUUGUCAGCAAUUAAGAUGCAAUAAAAUUGGAAACCGGAAUUUCACUCUUGAUUAAGAUAGGUUGAGAAAUUUCAAUUUUCUCUUUUUACUUUGAGUUAAAAGGUAAAACUACUGCAGCUUUAGGAUGGUUAAGGUGGGUAAUUUAAAUUUGAUAAUUAAGAUGAGAGAAAUCCCAGCUUUCACAAUUAUUAUUUACAUAUUGAACGACACAGAUUGUGAAGCCCUUCAAAGUCCUCUUUGUUACGUAUAAACCCGAGAAAGAUAGCUGCUGACUCUGUGACAGAUAAAUUCUUUAUAACCAUUUAUAAUGACCAUCGUAAAAUAAAUGUUGUGUGAUCAGUAGAAAGACAUUGCACUUAUAGGUAAGAGUGUUUCCCCUUACAUUCAGUGUUUCAUCUAUGUCAGUAAAAAUGAUUAUUAUUUAACAACAUCAUGGCAUUUGUCUUCCUUUUGAAAUUGACUGCAGUAGUAAGCUGGCGAUUCUGUGCCUGCUUCGAUUUUAUUCGUCAAUUUUGGUACCCUGUAUCAGCAGUAGAUGUCAGAUUUAUAAACCUUUUAACUUUGCUGCAGAAGCUCAGGUUUUGUAUUUGUUAAAAAAGGUUUUCUGGUAAAUAGUGAUUUUAGCCCUGUAGCCUUUGCCUCAUAUUAUCACUCAGCAAUGCUGUAUCCUGUACUCUAUUGUCAAAAUAAAACUAGAACAGUGUCUUUAAUAGCUAUGUGCAAGCCGGGAAGCAAAUAAUUUACUUCAUUUUUCUUGACUGAUCGAAAGGUUCAGAGGCGGAAAAUAACCUUUUGGCACACCAGUGCACGCAUUAUUAGGUGUUUUAACAUAAGUACGUAUAUUAUUCUAAUGCAGAUUAAGUGGUACAUGCAAAAUUUGAUAAUUUCCCUUUUUUCCUUGAAUUUCAUCAGUACUUGUUAGAUGCUUAAGAUAUUUAAAAAUCCUGUGACUAUUCGUAAUUUGUUAAAUUGAUUUACGUUUGCUUUGGAAUGAAUUAUUUAAGCAUUACAUGUGUAAGAAAAGAGAAAAACUGAAAUCUAAAUUGAAAAGGUCCUUAGUCACAAAAUGUAGAUUUAAUGAAAAGACCACUUUAACUUCUUUUUUUAUUGAGGAAGACCUUUGAAGUUUUAGCGCUGUUGUGGGGUUUUAAUUGCCCUGCUCUUGUCACAAUACAAGGGACCAAAUACAGAGGGCUCAGUUUUCACAGAGAUCGGUUUUCACGCUGAAACUUCAAACCUCGUGAUUCUUUCUCAUUAAAAUUUAUCCCUACUUGAAUCACCUUACACUGCAGGAUUAUAGGGGAGCUAAACUUAAUAUAUUAUGACGAAUAAUUUUAGUGCCUUUCCGUAAUUAUGAAGAUGGGGAAAUGGGUUGUGUUAUAAAACAAUUAUUGUCCUCUAAAAGGGUCUUUAACAGUAUUCCCGGAGACAGGAGUCUGUCAUCAAUCAAUAAGGGCGGGCAAUAGCUAGGCAUUAAAGUUAUUGGAUCUUAAAUAGACUGGAAGAAUUGACUAGUUAAUCAUUUAUCAGCAAGAAUAUGAAGUUAACAAUGUUUGUAAGCACUGCGAUGGACUUAUCUGGGAACAUAUCAAAGUUGUUUAGUUGUAAAAUUGUACUUCAAGAAGAAUAUAAGGUUUGCCUUGUAAAGUGUGUUAAUGGUUUGCAUGUAUAAAAUUCGAAACCUUGUUUUUUUUUUUUUUUUUUUUUUUUUUUUUUUUUGUUACAUAUGGAUGUUACUCAAGUAGGGCGUCGCACUAAAGGAAAAUCUCUUGAGUAUCUUUGUACUUUUAACGUAAACGUUUCUACACCUUUAGACCUUUGCGUAUAGGUUCUAAUGAAGGAAUUUAAACUGCAUACAAAAUGUGAAGAAAAUUAUACUUCCAGUACUGCUCUAAUGAAAUUCGAGUUUCCAGUAACAUUAUCACCAGCUUUGCAAUCAUUUACCAUUUUUGGUACAAUAUAAAAUUAAAUUUUCGGGGAAUCUUUUUCAGUAGAAACGAUAUUAGAUAAGUGAAUGCUGUUAAAUCUUUUGAAUUUACUCUCAUAAUUUGAAAGUGAUACACUUCAGAAUUUACACCUGAAUUUAAAUACUGUCAGGUGAUAAGGCAAUAAUCAAACAACUAUUGCAUGCCUGUAACACUGACAAACACUUGUUGGUUAUUGAAGCUAUCUUGCAAAUGCAAGACAACUUUUAGUGUAAAUUUAAAAAGGUUUUCUUAACAAGUCUAAAGGUUAGUAAGGAUUAGUACUUUUUAUAGUCCACUUGAGGGCCUGAUUUGUAUAAGUGUUAUGCAACUGUAACUGACAGUAUUGGAGUGAAUCAGACACUUUUAUAAUAGUAGAAACAACUUGUAUAAUUGACAGCUGUUGAUGAAAUCAGCAGGGCUGCUUUUCAAGAAUGGAACUAAAACCCUCCCUCCUGCUUGGUAAAACCUCUGUAGUUCGAAUUUACAAAAUAAUGUAGCGGUUCGGUGACAUCAUGAGGGACUUGGGCUAAUUUUGUCAUUUAUAAUAUAAUUCUUUGUAAAAUAUUGCAGGUUUUUCGAAGGAACAGAAGUCAAGUGAUAAUGAUGUACACUGUGUACAGAACGAUUCGAUUAAUAAAAACUGCAACCAAUUAUAAAUGUAAUAAUAUGAUCACCUUUAUAUCAUAUGACAAAACUUCACUUAUUUUUUUAGCUAUACUCUGCACUUGACAUGAAGAGGGUAGAAUUGUAGGGGUUGUUCCACUUGCAAGGGAACGCUGCUUGUAUGCAAGUUCUUAGUGCUGAGUGCCUUACCACUAUUCUUCCUUUGAAAGGGAUAUUUUAAUUGCCUUCAUUCAUUUUCUAAAAUGAUAAAUAAUAUGGCUUCCAAAAACUUGAAUUGAGGAUACGAGUUUUUUAUCGUAAGUCAUUAAAAAAAAUUUUCAAAGGUGGAGCAUCUUCAUCAGAAAAAGAUUUUCGAAUUUCAAAGAAACUUCUGUUCAUUUAAAAUGCUUCUUUUUCACUUUUAACCUAAAAUCGCCAUUGUAAACAAUGGACAUUUGGGCUUGCAAAAAAUUUCCCAACCUUGCUUGCAAAAAAUUUCCCAACCUUGCCAUAAUAUCAAAUUUAUCUAUUAAAACUUUGGAACUCAUAAGCUAAACUUCAUUUUUGGUACACACAAAACGUAAUUUACUUAAGGAAAGCAUUUAUUGUGCUGCUUUUGAGAGGCGAGAGCAUCACUGUUAACAAAAAUUUAUUGAUUAUAGAUUGACUGGGAGACACUUGUAAGAUUAAUUGCAGAUCUUUAUUAAUCAAUCUUGAUAUUCUUUAUGAGAAACUUUCAAGAUUUGUCACUUUAGAGCUCUGCAAUACGGUAAUCCCAACUACAAAAAUCAUUUUUAUACAUAUAGUAAAUGUUCUUUUAUAUUUGUAGUACCCGAUUGAGCUUAUUCUAUCAAUGAAAAUGCAGUGUUCGCAAGCCCCAAAUGAGAAUCUGUGAAUUAUCUGAAAGUUUAAAAGCGUUUAGUAACCUUUUGAAGUAAAACAUUUUAUGUAUUCCAAGUAUAGUUAUAAUGUUUAGGAAUUGUAAUAAUCAUGUACUCACAAGGAUGUGUUGAAAGGUAUCUGAUUUUAAAUUAAGUCGAAGGCACAAACAAUAUUAACACUUUGUAUGAAUUUUUGCAAGUUGCUGCUUGAACUUGAAAUUAAAUACAAUUUGUGGUUCGACCGUUUUUGAAGAGUAUUCAUAGUAUUCCUCUUGGGAUGUUAGCAGUCGAGGGUGGCAACAGAAUUAAAAUUUUUACUAUACGUUUAUAGGAAAUGUUCAGCCAUUUUAAUUACCGAAUAUCCACAAAGAUAGUUGCUAAUUGUUUAUUUUAUAGAGUUUCGAACAUCUUUCUGUUGUAUAUUUUAAUGAAUGUUUGUUAAUUAGUUUGGCAAUUUAAAGGUAGAAUUUAUCUGCUGAAGACUGUUUUGUGAUUCAUAGGUUAUAGAAAUAUUAAGUGCGCAACAUGUUUUUACUGUAUUAUGAUAUUGUUAUAUGGACAAGAAUAGUAAAGAUAUUCUUUCAGAAAUUC